AUGAAGACCAUUGGAUAUUUCCUUGUUGCCUUCUCUGCACUCAGUGUAGUCUUUGCUGAAGGCACACUUCCACCCUCUCCUACAGCGUCAGUGGGAUGUGAGCCGCAUGGUGACCAUUGGCACUGUACGGGCCCAGCCCCUGCGACCUCAGCAGCUGCUACUGCAACCACUUCGCACGCUGAAGGCCAUGAGGGAAUGGCAACUCCAACCAAGCCUAGCCCAACUGAGUCUGUUGGUUGCGAACCCCACGGAGACCACUGGCAUUGCGAUGGACCUCGCGUCACUUCAUCUGCCGCACCUAAUCCUACCGGAUCAAGCACCAAGUCUCUGAAGCCUAGCCCAACAGAGUCCGUCGGCUGCGAGCCCCACGGCGAUCACUGGCAUUGCGAUGGACCUCGCGUCACCUCAUCUGCCGCACCUAAUCCUACCGGAUCAAGCACCAAGUCUCUGAAGCCUAGCCCAACAGAGUCCGUCGGCUGCGAGCCCCACGGCGAUCACUGGCACUGUGAUGGACCACAGACAUCGGGUACUGCACCUCCAGCACAGUACACGGGUGCUGCUGGGUAUGUUCGUGUUCCUCUCCCCCAGGCUGUGGGUGCAGUGGUCGCAAUGGCCGCAGUUGUUGUCUAUGUCUAA